UGGACCUACUUUCAGGUGCUGGACAAAUAUGGACUAAUGUUUCAUUCGAGAAUGUUCCGGCCUACAGAGAACAUCUCGGUCCACUUAGUGGCCCACAUCAGCACCGGACUUAUGAGUGAACGGCUUGCAGCACGCAUGCGCAGCAGCGGUCUGUUCAUGACGGGAAAGAUGGCCGCCGCCGUCUGUGGACGGAAUGUGAAGUUGUUGAGGUCCAUCACAGUUUCAUCCCUGACUUUAUCCAGCUCUGCGGCUUGAACUCGCUGCUCCUCUGAGGUUUGAAGGUGGAGACCUCUCUGCUCGUCAUGGAGACAGCUGGAGACCCAGGAGAUGUCCAGGUCCGGCAGUGCGGGACCUGUGACGGCGCCUCGGCCUCCUGCUGGUGUGUGAACUGCAACGAAGCUCUGUGCGACGCCUGCCUGGCGGCGCACCGCCGGGUCACUUUGACCCGAUCUCACAGAGUUCUGAACCGGCAGCCUGAAGGACCCAGUUUGGUUUUUCCCAUCAAGUUCUGCAGAAUCCACCCGUCUGAGGAGCUGAAGCUGUUCUGCUUCAGCUGCUGCCAGCUCACCUGCAGGGACUGCCAGCUGGCGGACCACCAGAGCCACAGGUUCGACUUUGUCAGCAAAGCGGUGGCAAGUGUGAAGAAGCAGCUGGACGCCUGCAUGCAGCCAUUCAGAGCGCAGAUGGACGCGUCCAGGAAGAGCCUGCAGGACAUGGAGGCCAGGCUGGAGGUUCUGGCCCGCUGCGAGUCCUUCAUGACCUCCAAGCUGCAGAAGCACGUCGACAUGCUGAUAGAGCUGCUGAAGAAAAGGUUUGAUGACAUCACCAGACAGAUCCAGGUCGUCUACAACGUGGAACGUAACCUGAUCAGCAGGAAGAUGGAGACUGUGAAGCAGCUGCAGCAGAGCCAUGUCUCACUGACUGAAGCAGCAGAAAAGGCCAGAAACACCACCAACCUGCCCACCCUGGUGGGCUGCAUAUCCCAGAUCACCUCCCAGAUGAAGGACCUGGUGGACGAGGACUCCCGUCCUCCUUCCAAGAUGAUCGACGUGAAGGUCACCACCAACAGAAACUCCGUGGAGGGAAUCCUGAAUUUCGGUAAACUCCAGGUCGCCUGGAUCCCCUUCUCCAGUCCACCAUCCUCUUCCACCAUGCGUCCUGCUCCGCCCACCUCCACCUGCCGACCCUUGACCUGCAGCACUGCCACUACCAACAGCGGUUCUGUUGGUGUUGCUGCUCCUCCAGCUGGCUCCACCAGCACCUUCAUCAGAACUGGGUCUGGUACCGCUGCUUCCUCGGCUCCAUCCGUCAGUAUUAGCUGCUCUACUCCUCCACCCUACCCUUCCUCAUCUGGGGACGCCAUGAUGGACUUCAUAGUGAACAAUAAGGCAGUUCUUCCUCUUAAGUCUUCUUCCGUCAGUAAUCUGGACCCAAGCUGUGGUUCCUGGGGACCAGCCCAGAUACCCAGGGUUCCCUCUUCGAACAACUCAUUUCCAGUUCCUGCUUCCACCUCACUUCCUGUUUCUGGCUCGACAUCACUUCCUGUUCUUUCUUCCACCUCACUUCCUGUUCCUGCUUCCAUCUCACUUUCUGUUCCUGGCUCGACAUCACUUUCUGUUUCUGGCUCGACAUCACUUUCUGUUUCUGGCUUGACAUCACUUCCUGUUCCUACUUUUACCUCAGUUCCUGUUCAUGCUUCCACCUCACUUCCGGUUUCUGCUGCAGCCUCAUUUUCUGUUCAUGCUUUCGCUUCACUUCCUGUUCAUGCUUUUGCCUCACUUCCUGUUCACGCUUUUGCCUCACUUCCUGUUCAUGCUUUCACCUCACUUCCUGUUCAUGCUUUCACCUCACUUCCUGUUUCUGCUUCCACCUCACUUCCCAUUCCUGCUUCCACCUUACUUCCUGUUCCUGCUUCCACCUCACUUUCUGUUCCUGCUUUUACCUCAGUUCCUGCUUCUGUCUCACUUCCUGUCCAUGCUUCCACCUCACUUCCUGUUUCUGCUUCCACCUCACUUCCUUUUCCUGCUUCCACCUCACUUUCUGUUCCAGAUUUUACCUCAGUUCCUGCUUCUGUCUCACUUCCUGUUUCUGCUUCCACCUCACUUCCUGUUUCUGCUUCCACCUCACUUCCUGUUUCUGCUUCCACCUCACUUCCUGUUCCUGCUUCCACCUCACUUCCUGUUCCUGCUUCCACCUCACUUUCUGUUCCUGCUUUUACCUCAGUUCCUGCUUCUGUCUCACUUCCUGUCCAUGCUUCCACCUCACUUCCUGUUUCUGCUUCCACCUCACUUCCUUUUCCUGCUUCCACCUCACUUUCUGUUCCAGAUUUUACCUCAGUUUCCUGCUUCUGUCUCACUUCCUGUUUCUGCUUCCACCUCACUUCCUGUUCCUGCUUCCACCUCACUUCCUGUUCCUGCUUCCACCUCACUUUCUGUUCCUGCUUUUACCUCAGUUCCUGCUUCCACCUCACUUCCUGUUCCUGCUUCCACCUCACUUCCUGUUCCUGCUUCCACCUCACUUUCUGUUCCUGGCUCGACCUCACUUCCUGUGUCUGGCUCGACAUCACUUCCUGUUCUUGCUUCCACCUCACUUCCUGUUCCUGUUUUUACCUCAGUUCCUGCUUCUGCCUCACUUCCUGUUCAUGCUUCUGCCUCAAGUCCUCCUGUGGCUUCGACUUCACUUCCUGUUCCUGCGCCUGUUAA